CCGCCGCUCCGGUGCCGCUCGGGCCUCGCCGCUCCCCGCGCCGCCGCUCCGGUGCCACCGGCGCUUGCCGGCUGCCGGCGGCCGCCGCGCCCGCGCCGGAGCGUGCGCAACAGGCGGGCGCCGGCGGAGCUUCGUGAGCGCUCGGUGAGCGAGCGGCCGCGGGCGGCGAGCGAGCGCCCGCCCGCCCGGGGCCGGGCAUGUGCGGCGGGGCGACGGGCAGGGCGCCCGGGCAAGGGCGUUUGAAGGAAACGUGAGGCGAGGCGGCGGCGGCGGGAUGGAGACGGCGCCGCGGCGAAGCCCCGAGCCGCGGGAGAAGCCGCCGGUCCUGGACGGGGAGGCGGCGGGGGCGCCCGCGGGGGCGUCGGGCGCGGCCCCGGCCUCGCCGGCGGCGACGGAGCAGAUCGUGGCGGAGGGCGAGGCGGCGGCGGCGGGCACGUUCGUGCAGCGGCAGCUCGGGGCGAUGCUGCAGCCCGCCGUGAACAAGUUCUCGCUGCGCAUGUUCGGCAGCCACCGGGCCGUGGAGAUCGAGCGGCAGCGGGUGAAGUCGGCGGGCGCCUGGAUUAUCCAUCCCUACAGCGACUUCAGGUGGGACCGGGGCCCCGCGACCCCCGCCCCGGCACCGAGCCCCAUCCCGGCGCCGGUCCCCGCUCCGGCUCCGCCGCCCGGCCCGGUGCCCGCCGCCGCUGUCCGUGGUGCUGAGCGCGGCCCCGCCGCCCGACACCGUAGGGGCAACAAGUGCCGGCGCACGGCCAGCGUGAGAGCCGACACCUACUGCCGCCUGUACUCCCUGGCCGUGGACAACUUCAACGAGGUGCUCGAGGAGUACCCCAUGAUGCGCAGGGCCUUCGAGACCGUGGCCAUGGACCGCCUAGACCGCAUAGGGAAGAAGAACUCCAUCCUGCUCCGCAAGCGAGCCGAGCACAGCUCGGGGCCCCUGAACACCGAGAUGAUCCAGCAGAUCGUGAAGCACGACCAGGACAUGGCCCACAACAUCCAGGACCUGCAGCAGAUGGCGAUGGGCCGGGAGCUGAGCGGCAAGCCGGUGAUCUGGGAGCCGCUGGUGCACGCACCCCUGCAGACGGCGGCCGCCACCACCAACGUGGCCAUCGCGCUGACCCACCAGCACAGCCUGCAGGCUCACAUCUUCCUGCCGCCCUCCUCCAUCUCCAGCCCGCUGUCCCCCGAAGCCACCCUGCUCCCCAAGCCGGUGCGCCGCUCCCAGCCCAGCCUGGGCGGCUCCCGGCCCUCCUCCGUGAGCUCUCCCUCGGGGGCUCAGUCCCACCUGCAGACGCCGGCCGCCGGUUCGCCUUCCUCGCCCAUGGUGCAGUCGCAGGCGCCGCUGGAGAGCGGGGCCCAGAGACCCAGCCCCGGGGCGCAGCCCCUGCCCCGCACGGCGCAGAGGGGGGAGAUGCCGGCGGGGCCCAAGCAGCCCCCGGGCGGUCCCCAGCCGCAGCUCUCCCGGUCCCGCGGCGCCUCGCUCUCCACCUCGCUGCUGCAGCAAGCGGCGGGCGCGGCGUCCCCCAGCUCCGAGCAGGCGCUGCCGCCGGGGAGAACGCUCCACUACAGCCUGUCCCGAGCCACCGGCUCCCACAUCUCGCUCCUGAUGCAGCCCCAGCAGCUGGUGAAGCACAGGAGCAUCCAGGGGCUGCCGGUGGGGCGGCUCACCCAGGAUGUCCGGCUCCUUUCCGCCUCCCAGCCCUCCCUUCCCAACAAAGUGGCCCAGCAAGCCGACGGGAGCUCCUUGAAGCAGGGCAGGAAAUCCGCAGGGAACCUGGCCCGCAGGUCCUCGCCCUCGGUAGCCGGACUCCUGGCCAAGCCGUGUGCGGGGGCGCCGGGCCAGCCCUCGCACCCGCAGCCGAUGCCUCCGGGAUCGCUGGCCCAGCCCGGCCGCCCCGCCGCGGGAGCCUCCGCGCCCCAGUCCCCGGGCUCCGCGUCCAGGCAGGCAGCAGCUCCCUCCCGCAAGGGCUCCGUGGCCUUCAGCCCCGAGGUGGAAACGGCGAAGCCCAAACUCCCAUCCAACAUGUGAGUCCUGGCGGCAGCCGCACGGGCGGGAGGGAGCCGGGCAUCCCGGCGGCGGAGGAGGCGGGAGAAGCAGAGCACCGGCCCCGCCGUGUCGGAGGGAAAAUGAGGUGAGAGGCACCAGCCGGGGCCAUGGAGGGGCUGUUUCAGGCACGGGGACACGGCGGGGAUGGGCACGGGGCCAGCCCCAGAGCUGGCCCAGCUGGAUGAGGAGGGGCUCUGCUGAGGGGGUCACCCUCUGCCCGGGCUCUCCCCGCCUUGCUCAUCACCAUCUGUGAGUUCUGCCCUCCCGCCGGAGGCACAGGACAGGUCAGAUCCCUUGCCCAAACUCUGGCCUCUCUGGGGAGCUCAGCUCCCCAUAACUGCCCCUCGGGGGCUGGCCCCCCACGCUCUGUGCCGCGUGUCCCACAGCCUGGCCUCGGGGCAGGCUGACGCUGGCAGCUCCUCCAGCUUGUCCUCUGUCGCAGCAGGGGCUGCCCGAUGCCCGCCUCGGUCCCCAGACUGCUCUGCCCAGCACCUUUGCCUUCGGGGUGAGGAGGCAGAGGCACCCCCCGGGUCCUCUGCCCGGGUGGAGGGAGGAGGCUGGAGCCCAUGGCAGGGGCAUGGGGGUCCAGGGUCAGCACCCCCCCUUCCCAGAGUGCCAGGACCACCUGGGGGUCCUGGGCAGGGCUCCCCUGGUGUGACGAGUGCCAAGGGGCAGCGCUGGGGGGCAGAGGAGCAGCCCCCCAGUCCCUCUCCCCAGCUUGUGGGACCGUUUUGCCUCAGAGGGGCCGAGUGCCGGUGAGGUUGGGAUGUGCUGCUGGGCAGGGCUCUGCCCCACACCCCGGCACUGCGGCCACCCCUCCACGUGCCCCCCGUGGGGACAGCCUGGGGGGAUUCUGCUGCCUGCAGCUCCAGGAGGAUGCUCAGAGGAUCAGCCCAAGGGGACCCUUCUGUGGCCCCAGGAUGAUGUCCAGAGGAGCAUCUGGGAUGACCCUUCUGUGGCUCCAGGGGGAUGCUCAGAGGGUCACCCGCAGGGCCCUCGCUGCCUGUGGCUCCAGGAGGAUGCUCAGCCCGGGCUCUGCUCCCCUGCCCUGCCCUGCAGUCCCAUUUCCAGGUCGCCCGGAGAUGCCAGUCACCGGUGCCACAGGAGCAAAAGGCCGUCACAAAGAGAUGCCAAUCCCGGGCAGCGCCUGGGGGACGUGUGGGGCUGUGGGGUCACCCCCUGUCCGACAGGAGCCCGGGGUCCCCACAGAUGCCCCACGCCCCCCCCUCCAGAGACAGUAGUGUGCAAUGUGUGUGCGAGUCGUGGCUCUGCCAAGCAGCCGAGCUCUGCUUCCAGUGUCGCUUUGGGCCAGCCGUGUUCAGUCCCGGUUAGAGUAGCGUCCCCUCCGUCCCCACCGCGCUGCGCCAGCUGCUUCCCGCUCCCGGAGUCAGGAACCAUGGCUUGUCUUCGUGCUCUGGGGCUGAGCGGGGCCCGCCGGGCCCCCAGCGCGGCGGCGAGGUCUCGUCGCCGGCGCUAUUUCCCCAAGUGAGGUGUCCCGUCCUCCACCCUCGUGUUUUGGGGCGUCGGGAGCAGCCCGGAGCGCAGGGCUGCUCUGGGAGCACCGGCCCACCAGGAACCCCGGCAGUGCCUGCCAGAGGGGAAGUCCUGCACUGCCUUUUUUUCCAUGGAUUUCGUCCUCCCCUGCUCACCCCCACGUCCCGCUCCAUCCCCGCGCUCGGCGUGUCGCCGUCGGGCGGGGACCUGCAGCGGGGCCGCGUUGUCCCCGGUCCCCGGGCCGCGUUCACCCUGAGCGAUGUAGAUGUCUUAGCGGUCAUCCCAGCGCCCCGCAGAGCGUGCGGGCCGGCUCGGACAGCGCCGAGCUCCCUGUGCUGCGCCCUCCCCGCUGCCCAGCCCCGUGUCGGGAGCCAAAGCCACCCCGUGCCCCUGUCACCGCCGCCGUGGCACCUCGUGGCCCGGUGCCCACCCCGGGGGAGGCUGGAGGGGCUGGGGGCGCAAGUUUAGCCACCAAAGACCAUGAUCUGAUCCUCCACUCUUGCACUCGCGGCAGUCGAUGUACAGAGCUUGUAGUUUUCAUACCGCAGAGAAUUUCAGAGCGUUUUUUUAUUUUUUGGUCGUUGUACAUAACGGAUUUAAAUUAAUAAAGAGAGAUUCUGAGCUGGUCUGGGGGAAACUCCUUCUGCACCUCCUGCGACCCCACAGCACCCUGCCCGGGGAUGGGGCAGGACAGGGGGAUGCUGCAGCACCCCAGCUCCAAUCCUGGCCUUCUGCAGAGCCAGGAGCAGCCGGGAAACCCUCGGGAGCCACCGAGGGGCCUCUCCCGGGCCCCACAGACCUGGGUGGCACGGCAG